AUGAUGUCCUAUUUGAAGCAGCCACCCUACACGGUGAACGGACUGAGCUUAUCUACCUCAGGAGUGGACCUGCUGCACCCUUCAGUGGGAUAUCAAGGUAAUAAAUCUCACGCAACACCUCGCAAACAGAGGAGAGAGAGGACGACCUUCACCCGGGCCCAGCUCGACCUGCUGGAGAAUCUGUUCGGCAAGACUCGAUAUCCUGACAUCUUCAUGAGAGAGGAGGUGGCCUUAAAGAUCAACCUGCCUGAAUCCAGAGUGCAGGUAUGGUUUAAAAACAGACGAGCUAAACAUCGCCAGCAGGCCCAGCAAACCCAAAGUGGAGUGCAGAGCAAAGCUGUCAGCAAGCCGGUGAAAAAGAAAGGCUCUCCGGUCCGAGAGGCCAGCUCAGAGAGCGGAGCCAGCGGACAGUUCACGCCGCCCUCGAGCGCUUCACUCCCGGCUGUGAGCAGCAGCGCGGCACCGGUCUCUAUCUGGAGCCCGGCCUCCAUCUCCCCGCUCUCCGACCCGCUGUCUACCUCCUCCUCCUGCAUGCAGCGCUCUUACCCCAUGACCUACACCCAGGCGUCGGGCUACAACCAGGGCUACACGGGCUCCUCGUCCUACUUCACAGGGAUGGACUGCGGCUCCUACCUUUCGCCUAUGCACCACCAGCUAUCCGCCGCGGGCUCCGCCAUGAGCCCCAUGGGCACCAACGGGGUAUCCAGCCACCUGAGCCCCGCGUCCUCCCUCUCCUCGUCGGCGUACGGAGCAGCGGGGCUAGGCUUCAGUGGCGCUGCAGACUGCCUGGACUAUAAGGACCAAACAGCUUCCUCAUGGAAGCUCAAUUUCAACGCGGAUUGUUUGGAUUACAAAGACCAAGCAGCGUGGAAAUUUCAAGUGUUGUGA